AGCAUUUCGGAAGCCUAAGCUUCUAAAGUGAAGGGGAUCAGAGCUGCACCUGGAAGACAGGAAAAGCUCCAUCUCCAGCCUUUGGAGCAUGUGACAUUUACUUACAACUGGCAUGCCAGUUUUAGCCUCAGAACUUUCGGAGCGACAAAGACGUGGACAAAAUCAUUGAGGCUACCUGACCCAAGAGAUCGAAUCAGUGCCGUGGGGAUCUGCAUCCACUUGGUGCAGGAUGAACUCCACUAUCCACCAUGGGAUGCACACUUCUCUCCACUUCUGGAACCUCAGCACCUACCGACAGCACGCCAAUGCCAGUGAGUCCCUUGGAAAAGGCUACUCUGAUGGAGGGUGCUAUGAGCAACUCUUUGUCUCUCCUGAGGUUUUUGUGACUCUGGGGGUCAUCAGCUUGUUGGAGAAUAUUCUGGUGAUUGUGGCAAUAGCCAAGAACAAGAAUCUGCAUUCACCCAUGUACUUUUUCAUCUGUAGCCUGGCUGUGGCUGACAUGUUGGUGAGCGUUUCGAACGGCUCAGAAACCAUUGUCAUCACCCUGUUAAACAGUACUGAUACGGAUGCACAGAGUUUCACAGUGAAUAUUGAUAAUGUCAUUGACUCGGUGAUCUGUAGCUCCUUGCUUGCAUCGAUUUGCAGUCUGCUUUCAAUUGCAGUGGACAGGUACUUUACUAUCUUUUAUGCUCUCCAGUACCAUAACAUCAUGACGGUUAGGCGGGUUGGGAUCAUCAUAAGUUGUAUCUGGGCAGCUUGCACGGUUUCAGGCAUUCUGUUCAUCAUUUACUCGGACAGUAGUGCUGUUAUCAUCUGCCUCAUCACCAUGUUCUUCACCAUGCUGGCUCUCAUGGCUUCUCUCUAUGUCCACAUGUUCCUCAUGGCCAGACUGCACAUUAAGAGAAUCGCUGUCCUCCCAGGCACUGGCACCAUCCGCCAAGGUGCCAACAUGAAAGGUGCGAUUACCUUGACCAUAUUAAUUGGGGUCUUUGUUGUCUGCUGGGCCCCAUUCUUCCUCCACUUAAUAUUCUACAUCUCUUGUCCCCAGAAUCCAUACUGUGUGUGUUUCAUGUCUCACUUUAACUUGUAUCUCAUCCUGAUCAUGUGUAAUUCCAUCAUCGACCCUCUAAUUUAUGCACUCCGGAGCCAAGAACUGAGAAGAACCUUCAAAGAGAUCAUCUGUUGCUAUCCCCUAGGUGGUCUCUGUGAUUUGUCUAGCAGAUAUUAAAUGGGGACAGAGGAGAUACUAAAAACAUGCAUUAUGAGACUUCUUCAUUCUCACACAACCUGAACAAUGUGUUUCGACAACAGCUUCUUCUUCUGUGUAAGGCAUGAGUUGAGAAUAUCUAUUGUGUAAAUUUAAGUUUAUGAUGUUCUGAUAUGAAAAAAAUGCCCAGUCUCUGUACAUUUCUCAUGUCAUGCUACUUUUUGGCUGUACAGUGUUUAUGCAUUUAGAGGUUGUAGGCACUAUGAAUUUAUAGACAAGAAAAAAGCUCUUAUUAAAAGCAUAACAAUGUUUCUUGUUAUUCACAAGGAUUUGACACUUUGCUUGUUUUAGGAACAUAGAAAUCACAGAAUCAUUAAAUAUAUGCUAAUAAGUGGCUUCUUAUAUUACACUAUAUAACACUGAAAUGUAGAAAUUUGAUUGUAGCAUUUGGGGGGAAAUAUUGAUGAAUAGAUGCUU